AUAGCGCUAAGUUCAUUUUGACAUUUCAUUGCAGUGAGAAACAAGCUCAAACAGAAUAUACGGUUCUCAUAAAGCUCCUUCUAUAUAGCCACUCUCUUAUCAAUGGUUGCAUAUGCACUCAUCUAGUACUGGUAAGAGUAUGAUAGUUUGAAUUUUGAAGCAAAGAUGACACACAUUCGCUUCAUAUCCACAAGUACCAUUCAGUCAGCAGCAGCGAGUCCCAACGAGUUAACUCGAAGGAUUGAGUUAACUCCAUGGGAUCUCCAGCUGCUCUUAGUUGAUCAUAUCCAAAAGGGUAUCCUUUUCUUCAAACCAACACCUUCACAAGAAAAAGAACUAAAGGGUAGUAGUGUGAUUGAUCACCUAAAAACCUCUCUGUCCCGCACAUUAGAUAUAUUCUACCCUCUUGCUGGUCGCCUUGUCAUGGUAGAAAACGAUGAUGACAAAACCAGAUCUUUCUUUGUUGACUGCAAUAAUCUUGGAGCCCAGUUUGUCCAUGCAAUGGUAGAUGAUCUCACUGUGGCAGAUAUCCUUGAUCCCAUAUAUGUUCCAGACAUUGUCAACUCCUUCUUUCUAUUGAAUAGCGUAUUGAACUACGAAGGCAUUUCCAAGCCAUUGUUGGCUGUGCAAGUUACUGAGCUUGCUGAUGGUAUCUUCAUCGGUUGCACUGCAAACCACAGUGUGGUGGAUGGCAGUUCAUUCUGGCAUUUCUUUAACACUUGGUCUGAAAUAUCUAGAGCUAACAAUUGUCCCACAUCACAAUCUCCUCCAAUUUUCCAACGCUGUUUCUUUGAUGGUAUUAUCGAUUUCCCCAUUCAUAUACCUUUCCAUCCCAAUGAAAUCUCUAAUGAGAAGUCCAUUCCCCCACCUCUCAAACAAAAAGUUUUUCAUUUUUCAAAGAAGAAAAUUGCACAACUCAAAGCAAAAGCUAAUGCAGAAAUGGGCACCAACAAUAUCUCGUCCCUUCAAGCAGUCCUUGGUGUUCUUUGGCGAUCUGUGGUUCGCAAUAGGCGUUGUAGUGCUAAUCAAGAGGUUCAUUACCGCGUAAUUGUGGGAAUGAGGCAAAGAAUACAACCACCAUUACCAGAAGAAUACUCAGGAAAUGCGGUUUUAUUUGGGAAAGUAAUAGCUACCGUAGACAAUCUUCUUGAACACGGGCUAGGAUGGGUGGCUUGGCAGAUAAAUAAGAAGAUUGCUUCUCAAACAGCAGAAGAGGUGAAGAAGUUUAUAGAGGAUUGGGUAAAAGCCCCAAACAUACCAACACUCAGUGGAAUAGCAAGUAAUGCAUUGCUGACAGGAAGCUCGCCGCGAUUCAAUGUGUACGGUAAUGACUUUGGCUGGGGAAGACCUAUUGCUGUGCGAAGUGGCGUUGGCAAUAAAUUUGAUGGAAAGUUAACCGUGUUUCCUGGGGUAGAAGAAGGAAGCAUGGAUUUUGAAGCUUGUCUUUCGCCUGAGAUAUUGGAGGCUAUGGCAGACGAUGCAGAGUUCAUGGAGGCUUUAGCCUCAUAAUUAAAUUUUGUUAUGGACUUUGUCAUCUUUGACAUGGAAAUUACAAGAGCUUCUAAUAAAUGUUGUUGGUGGUAUUCCAUUUUCUAAAA